CUGUCAAGAUGGCGACAUCGGAGCCGAAAGCACCUGAAACUGAAGACCAACCAACUGAAACCCCACAAGUUGUUGCGAAUCCUGAACAGUAUAUCAAACACCCCUUGCAAAACAGAUGGGCCCUGUGGUAUUUCAAAAACGACAAGAGCAAAAGCUGGACAGAGAACUUGCGUCUCAUCUCCAAGUUUGACACAGUUGAAGACUUUUGGGCAUUAUACAACCACAUACAGCAACCAAGCAAACUUGGCUUCGGCUGUGAUUAUUGCUUAUUUAAGGAUGGGAUCAAGCCAAUGUGGGAAGAUGACAGGAACAAACUGGGGGGUCGAUGGCUGAUGACCCUCACCAAACAACAGAGACACAAUGACCUUGACCGCUACUGGAUGGAGACACUCUUGUGUUUAGUCGGUGAGUCAUUUGAUGAGGCAAGCGAAGACGUUUGUGGAGCCGUGGUCAACGUUAGACCUAAAGGUGACAAAAUAGCCAUCUGGACGAGCAACUGCCAAAACAGGGACGCCAUCAUGACGAUAGGGCAACUUUAUAAAGAGCGUCUGAACAUCCCCAGCAAAGCCAUGAUUGGCUACCAGUCACAUGACGACACAUCCAGCAAGAGCGGAUCCACCACCAAGAACAUGUACUCCGUUUGAAAAACUUCUCAUUUCAACUUGCUGUAGAUUUAAACAAUUAUGACAAACCUGCAUCAUCACAUUAAUAAUUUUUUGAGUUGUCAACUACUGUAGUGUCCUUCCCUUUUUAUUGAAAAGAGACUUGUUCAUAGUGUGUACAGUUGGAGCUUCCCCCAACAUGAAAUCAGUUGAGUGAUCUGUUAUAAAUAGGGAGGAGGCUGGAAAGGAUGUCAGAUAUGAGCAAGAGAACAUGAAUAAUUUCCUUUUUAGAGUUGAAGAGUUCUGUGAUUAAUACCAGUGACCUCCCCUAGCUUGGCUGAAAAUAAUUUGUUUUCAGUAAUUAAUGGCUUGGAGUUGGAAGGAAAAAAAAGAUGUUCUUAACUAUACAACCUUGUGUUUUUCUCAUUCCUUACUUAAAAAAAGUGUUUCUCACCUCACUGGAAAAGAUGGUAGGCAACUUACAGAUUUCACAGAACAAAUUUUAAGGGCAAUUUUAACUUGAUUUAUCCAAAAGUGUUAAGCAUGAGUUGAACUUUCAGACACGCCAGCUUGAAGAAUCUACAGUAUCUUAAAGGUUUUGUAAAAGCUGUGGUCACACUCCAAAGUGUAUUAUUUGGAUUUGAGGCCACUUAUUGUUUCAGCCAUGCUGGAAUUAUAGAUUAUUGCUUGUAGUACUUUUUGAACUUUUCUUUCUUCCCCUUACAUUUAUUUAUAAUGUAUGCAUUGCAGUUGAGCUACUUAGUUGAAAGACAACCAUGAACUUGUGUUUUUGUUUUUUUUCCAAAUUGUUUUUCUUUUUUUUCCCUUUUUGUUAUUAAGGUAAUAAUGUGGACUACUGCAUAUAGAUGACAUUUUUUACAGUGUACCAUACAGUAAAGAUGCUGACAGAAUUAGGUGUGCUUUUCACUGUUUUUCUUCCUAACAAAAAAAACUGUAGAUAAUGACGCACUCCUCUCUCAGUUGAUGCGAAGAAAAGAUGAUAUUCAUUGUGAAAUGAUUUUGCUCAUGUAUCUUUAUUAUCUGUUAUUCGAGGAUGUAUAUUACCUUCUUUCAAGUAAAGGUUAAGUGCUUUGCAUUAAAACUAGA